GUAUGCCCCUCAGUCUAGACUGUAAGGCCUUCUUUGGCUACAGCGGGGAGUCUAGACAUAUCAUCUACUGGAUGAAGGGGGAGAAGUUUGUGGAGGAGCUGGCAGGUCACAUUAAAGAAAGUGAAGUCAGGGUGCUGAAUGAACACUUGGGGGAAAAGGAGGUGGAGCUGUCCUUAACCUUCGACGCGGUGGAGGAGACGGACCUGGGAAACUACACCUGCUAUGUGGAGAACCACAUUGGACGGAGGAGUGGCAGCGCCAUCCUGCAGAAGAGAGACAUGUACAGGCUAGAGCUGGCUGGUGGACUGGGAGCCAUCCUGCUGCUACUGGGCUUCUUCACGGCCAUCUACAAGUGCUACAACGUGGAGAUCAUGCUCUGCUACCGGAGGCACUUUGGGGGUGACGAGACAGAGGACGACAACAAGGAGUAUGAUGCCUAUCUGUCCUACACAAGAGUUGAGCUGGAUUCCAUGGACAGGGGCUCCAGUGAAGAGGAGCAGUUUGCUCUGGAGAUCCUCCCAGAUGUUCUGGAGAAACACUACGGAUACAAGCUCUUCAUCCCCGACCGGGACCUCAUCCCCAGCAGUCACAGCAUCUACAUUGAGGACCUGGCGCGGAGCGUGGAGCAGAGCAGACGGCUCAUCAUCGUGUUGACUCCUGAGUUCGUGGCCAAGCGUGGCUGGAGCAUCUUCCAGCUGGAGACUCGGCUCCACAGCAUGCUGGUGACCGGGGAGAUCAAGGUGAUUAUGAUCGAGUGUGCCAACCUCAAGAGCGUCAUCAACUACCAGGAAGUGGAGGCCCUGAAGCACACCAUCAAAGUGCUCUCCAUCAUCAAGUGGAGGGGCCCCAAGAGCAAUGAGCUAAAGUCUAUGUUCUGGAAGCAGGUGAUAUACGAGAUGCCGGUGAAGAGGAAAGAGAUGCUGUCUCGCCGGCAGGUGCUAGACUCCAGGGAGCAGGGUCUGUUCGGCGACCUGCAGACGGUCUCCACCAUCGCCAUGACGACCACAUCUGCCUCGAUGGUGCCCGCCCACCACGCCGAGAUUCCAGACUUUAACCAAACCAGCCACCCUCAGAUGAGACACUACUGCACCCGUAGCUACGAGUAUAAGAUGCCCGCCUCCCCCGUGCAGAUAGCCACCUUGAGUAACCGUCACAUAUACUGCAAUAUCCCCAUGACGCUGCUCAACGGACAGGUGACUCAGAACAACACGAUGGGAAAGAGCAAGCAGGAGAUCCACUUGAACAGCACUUUCGUCCCUCUAUCUGGGGGGGAACACACAAGUGAUAUCUGGUAAACAGAUAUCCAGCUUGAUGCCACAUCUCUUAUGUCUUUGUCUUUUAUCUGCAUGAAGAUUCAUUUAGACAAAACACUGAUCAAAAACCAUU